AUGCCUGACAUUAGAACUGUUCCAAUUUUACUCUUGCUAUAUCCGAUCCACUACGGGCUUAUCGACCGAACCGUCAAUGCCAAACCGUCCUUUAGGCAGAAGGUUACGUGGGAUGGGCUAGUUACCAAGCAUGAAACCUCGAGUCCGAUGAUCGACACAGUGAGAAUCCACAGAUUGGAGCAAACAUUCUGUACAAACCAGCUCCAAAUCCGAGACAAAAUACGAAAUGAUGAUUCGGAAGAACAAGAUCCUGGGUUAUAUCAUACUUGGCCUAUCAUAGACACUCGCUUCUUACGACACUCCUACCAAGCUGCUCAAGAGACCAUAGAGGACCACAACAACUGUGGACUUUUCAGCGACUACAUGGAAUUUAAGCGACACGCAUCUCGAUUAGAUAGUCUUUUCCCCGAAAGCGGCUCAGAAAAGAAUCCAAUUCUUCACGAAGCCCGGGAUGAUCUGCAACUUCUGAGAAAGACUCUAUCUAAUAGAAUAAUCCAGAUGUCCUCAAGGCCCUCUUUGGAAACCGCUCAAAACCGCACUUCUGUCUUUUCUUCGAGAUAUUUCCAGCUAAGUGGGAGAAGUCUUCGCGGAAAAGAGGCAUUGCAAAACUUAGCAGCAUUUAACUCGACCACACGACUCGAUUUGAGAGAAUAUAUGCACGAUAUCUCAGAUGUGAGUGACCAUGAUAGCAGAACAGAAGUCAUCAGUAAGUUUGAUGAAACACAAGACGACAAAUAUUCCGAUUCCUAUAUCGAAAGCGAGCGACGCGACUCUACUUUCGUUCUUUCUGAAGCUACUGCGCCAAAUAUUCAGGUUGAAAAUCGUCCCGUUGAACUUCUUCGUCUUCAAUUUGCAGAUACAAUCACCACCGCCUCGCAAUAUGUCUCUGAAAUAGUGUUUUCUGCUGAGGACCACUCGGUUUUAAAUACUGGAACAUGGUUGGUGUCUGAAAUUGACGAAGUACAGACAGUGUACUCAGAUGCUUUCACUCUGAGGGGAUCUCUGAGGGACGUUUAUAUUGACGAGCUGGUCCAUGAAAUAAUCAAAGAUAUUUCGGGUGAACAAUUGAGCUCAUCAUAUGCACGCCGUAUUGCAGAUGCCAUGCCCGAUUACCUGAAAGCUUUUUCAUUGAGACUUGGGUCUGUCAAAUCAUCGCAGCAAGAACACAGAGACGUUACUGCAUCCAUUCGAAAGUAUAGACAAUGA